GAUUCUCUAUGGUAUUGAAAGAGAUUGAGCAAUGGCAGGGACAUUCUCCAGACGAGCACAGACCAUGAACUCCAUGUUCUUCAAGCCCUUGAUCCGAAAAGCCUACCACAGAAAGAGUUCAGCCGACACGGUGCGGGACGCUGCAAAACUGGAAGGCGAAGAAGUGAAGAGCAAAGGUCACGCGGGGAGCAGCGAUGGUGGAUGCUGGGUUCCCCAUGAACGGACCGGCGUAUACUGUCCCAAGGGCCAAGAGAAGGUGAUUGAGGACAUCCCUCCCGGCCCGACGAAGGAUGCCGGCAUCAACUGGAUUUCCUACAACGAGGAUGAUCUGAUUUAGCAGCAACAACACCCUCAUCAUGCUUUAAAUAGAUAAUAUGAAUAGAAUUAAGAUC